ACGAUUUUUAUACGUGGAAAACCCCUUCGAUGUGAAGGAUAAAAACCACGGGACUUAUAGGGAGUCCGCCCUCUUCUUCUCUUAUUAUGCAAAUUGAGGGUAAAAACACCCAAACUCAGUCUACAAGGAUGUCACAGCCCACCAACAACAACAUACAUAAGAGGCAUCAACAAUAGAGAAGGAAAAUCAGGAUUAUCACCCAAAAAUGCAGCGUCGCACCAGCUGCGAUUACAGAAGAUCCGUAGCUCCGAUUGAUGUGAAAAUUGAACAGAUUGAAGCCCUAAGUGUUGGGAACAACCUCUGAAAAUUUCAGCUCAAUCCAACGGCUGGAUCUCCGGAGAUGAUCGAAUUUGUGCGGCUGGUCUGUAAAUUCUGCACCAGCACCUUUCCUCUCUCAAUUCUGAUAUUUUUUUUUCUGCUCUGUCCGUAAGUCCUCUACUGCCCAGCCCUUUUUUUACUCUCCUUUUUUUUUAGUCAACAAAGUAAAAACACAAUUGGGCCCUCCACCAAAGAAAAAUGGAACCCAAAUAAAAUGGGCUGGACCCACAACAUCAAUUCUCUAGCACUUGUCAAAAGCAUGAUGAGAUGAGUAUAAGACUGCCUUCCAUCUAAACUAUAAAGGAUAACAUUUAGAAGAUUAUAAUCCCUGACAACGUUGGGACCCAUGCAUGGCUUUAGGGGGAGGGGAUCUGGAACUAAAGAAGAAGCCACUGCUAACUCUUCUAGUCUUAAUAAAUCCCCUGCAUCAUCUAUUGCAAAGCACCUAACAUAUACCUCUGAAUUUGGUAGAAUUUUUAGAGUCCAGGAUAUGUUGACGAACUUGGUAGAGUUUUGGAGUUCAGAUUUAGGCAAGAAAAGAAGCGAAAUAGGGACUAAGAAUCAUGGUAAGAAUCGAGUUCCAUAUUAUUCUGGGACAAGAAGUCAUGCCCGUGUUCGAGCUAACGAAGAGGCAAAAGGAAAUAAGGUAGACAUGCUUGGAACAUGGCUCUUGACACAUGAGCCAAAGAAAGUUUCAAAACCUGAUGAUGUUUCAGCUAUGAGAAAGUGGGAGAAGACAAAAAUGGAUAUGCACAAAUCUUUGGUAUGAGAGUUCUAAUUUCUAAAUGGUGCGCCUUGAAGAAGGAGAAAGCAAACAGAUUGAAAAUUGAAGAAGAGCACGAAGAAACAAAAGAGAGACUCCAGAAUUUAGAAGAUGUAGUAUCAUUGCUUUUAAAUACCCUGUGUUCAACGGCUAAUCAAUCUGAAAUCGAUGA